GUUUGAGGUAGUAGGUGUGCAGGGGUAUCGAACGCAGCCCGUCUGGUUCCUGUCUCCGGUCCGGGCUCGUAGUGGUAGUACUACACAGCUCUGCUAGCUGCUGAGCAGACUCUCAAAGUAACUUUUCCUCUACAGUCAGGCUGUUUAACACAGAACACAGAGAGCAUUGACAGGGAGAGCUCAACAUGCCUGCGGUGUCUAAAGGAGACGGGAUGCGGGGCCUGGCGGUGUUCAUCUCUGACAUCAGGAACUGUAAAAGUAAAGAGGCAGAGAUCAAGAGGAUAAACAAAGAACUGGCGAAUAUUCGUUCCAAGUUUAAAGGAGACAAGGCUCUUGACGGCUACAGUAAGAAAAAGUAUGUAUGCAAGCUGCUCUUUAUCUUCCUGCUGGGCCAUGACAUCGACUUUGGACACAUGGAGGCUGUCAACCUGCUCAGCUCCAACAAGUACACGGAGAAACAGAUUGGCUACCUCUUCAUCUCAGUGCUGGUGAACUCUAACAGUGACCUGAUCCGUCUCAUCAACAACGGCAUCAAGAAUGACCUGGCCAGUCGAAACCCCACCUUCAUGAACUUGGCCCUGCACUGUAUUGCUAACGUGGGCAGCAGAGAAAUGGCCGAGGCUUUUGCAUCUCAGAUUCCCAGCAUCCUGGUGGCAGGGGACACCAUGGACAGUGUGAAGCAGAGUGCAGCUCUAUGUCUGCUGAGACUCAACAGGAUGUCCCCAGACCUGGUGCCCAUGGGUGAAUGGACAGCCCGAGUGGUCCACCUGCUUAAUGAUCAGCACCUGGGAGUGGUGACAGCAGCCACCAGCCUCAUUACCAACCUGGCUCAGAAGAGUCCUGACGACUUCAAAACAGCUGUCUCACUGUCUGUGGCCAGGCUCAGCAGGAUCGUGACCUCUGCAUCCAUCGACCUUCAGGACUACACGUACUACUUUGUGGCUGCACCCUGGUUGUCUGUGAAACUGCUGCGCCUCCUUCAGUGCUACCCUCCACCUGAGGAUGCGUCCCUGAGGAGUCGUCUCACAGAGUGCCUGGAGACCAUCCUCAACAAAGCCCAGGAGCCACCCAAGAGCAAGAAGGUCCAACACUCCAACGCAAAGAACGCUAUUCUGUUUGAAGCCAUCUCCCUCAUCAUUCUUCACGACAGUGAGCCCACCCUGUUGGUACGGGCCUGCAACCAGCUGGGCCAGUUUCUCCAGCACAGAGAAACCAACCUCCGUUAUCUGGCUCUGGAGAGCAUGUGCACACUGGCCAGCUCUGAGUUUUCUCACGAGGCUGUAAAGACACACAUAGACACUGUAAUCAACGCUCUAAAGACGGAGCGAGAUGUGAGUGUUCGCCAGCGGGCCGUGGAUCUGCUCUACGCCAUGUGUGACCGCAGCAAUGCCAAGCAGAUAGUGGCAGAGAUGCUGAGCUACCUGGAGAACGCCGACUACUCCAUCAGAGAGGAGAUCGUGCUCAAAGUGGCGAUCCUGGCAGAGAAGUAUGCCGUGGACUACACCUGGUACGUGGAUACCAUCCUAAAUCUCAUCCGCAUGGCUGGAGACUACGUCAGUGAGGAGGUGUGGUAUCGCGUCAUCCAGAUUGUCAUAAACCGGGAUGAAGUUCAAGGCUACGCUGCCAAGACCGUCUUUGAGGCACUGCAGGCCCCUGCUUGCCAUGAGAACCUGGUGAAGGUGGGGGGAUACAUCCUGGGAGAGUUUGGAAACCUCAUCGCUGGGGAUUCACGCUCCAGCCCUCUGGUCCAGUUCAACCUCCUUCAUUCCAAGUUUCACCUGUGCUCGGUGCCAACUCGGGCUCUGCUGCUGUCCGCCUACAUCAAGUUCAUUAACUUGUUUCCAGAGGUGAAGACCACGAUCCAGGACGUCCUGCGCUCUGACAGUCAGCUCCGCAAUGCUGAUGUCGAGCUCCAGCAGAGAGCUGUGGAGUACCUGAGGCUCAGCUGCAUCGCGAGCACCGACAUACUGGCCACAGUGUUAGAAGAGAUGCCUCCAUUCCCAGAGAGAGAGUCUUCAAUCCUGGCCAAGCUGAAGAAGAAGAAGGGCCCCGGCCACCAUCCCGACAUCGAUGACACCCGCAGGAAUGUCAACGGCAGCACUGAGCACAACGAAACCAACGCUGAAGCCCCAAAAACAGGCUCCGCUCAUCCCUUCACAGACCUGCUGAAUGUAAACUCCCCUCCUCCUGCAGCAAACAGUCUGCUCGUCGACGUGUUCUCCGACAUCUCCACACCUGCUUCGGUAGACGUGUGUGAAGAAAACUUCUCCAGGUUUGUUUGUAAGAACAACGGUGUCAUCUUUGAGAACCAGCUCCUGCAGAUUGGACUGAAGUCUGAGUACCGGCAGAACCUGGGUCGCAUUUAUGUGUUCUACGGCAACAAGACAUCCACCCAGUUCAUCAGCUUCUCCUCAUCAGUCGCAAGUCAGGACUCGCUCCAGACUCAGCUGAGUGUCCACGCUAAGACUGUGGACCCCUUGAUAGAAGGUGGGGCUCAGGUCCAGCAGAUCAUUAAUAUUGAGUGUGUGACAGAUUUCACAGACGCUCCUGUGCUCAACAUCCAGUUCAGAUACGGAGGAGCUCUUCAGAACAUCGGAGUGAAACUCCCCGUGAUGCUGAACAAAUUCUUUCAGCCCACAGAGAUGACAUCUCAGGACUUCUUCCAACGCUGGAAACAGCUGGGAGCUCCUCAGCAGGAGGUUCAGACAAUCUUUAAAGCCAAACAUACGAUGGACACAGAAGUCGCCAAAGCCAAGAUCAUAGGUUUCGGUGUCGCUCUGCUGGACGGUGUCGAUCCCAACCCUGAAAACUUUGUUGGAGCUGGAGUCAUUCACACUAAGAGCACUCAGGUGGGCUGUCUGCUCAGACUGGAGCCCAACAUACAGGCACAGAUGUACCGUCUGACCCUCCGGACCAGCAGGGAGUCCGUGUCUCAGAGACUGUGUGAUCUCCUCUCUGAACAGUUCUAGACUCAACACUCAGCACCAGCGUUUUAUACACCGUGACUCUCCUAGCCUCACUGUAGAUUGAAAUGAUUUGUACAGUGUAAAUUGUUUUUUAUUUGUUUUACUCUUCAUGUAAAAGAAGCGACAUGUAUCCUUCGCACAUAGCUUUACUGGUAUGUUACUGCUUUAAAUCUGCGUGUUAUCAGCAGACGGUACGGGAGGCUCUGAACGCUCCUGCUCUGACAGGUUGAGGUGUUUCGUUUUUACUGCCUUUCCUAUGCAAACCUCUUGAAGAGCUGUUCCUGAGGCAUUAAUGAGAUUAAGUUUGUUGAAAAUCUUAUAAGAUCGAAUCUUCCCAAUGAUCUCUACCGGUGAUAAAGAUGUUCUGAUUGCUCUUUA